UUCACUUAUUUUAUUGCCGAUUAUGAUUUUCAUUCCAAAGCAUUUCACUUGUUCAUUGUCAUUCUCCGCCAUUACGUAUCAAUAAAAACGAAAAAUAGUCGGAGCCGUGUGGUCGGACGUGCCAAAUCUUUAUUGCCUUCAUGUUCGCAGCGGUUUGUUCUGUCACCAAGAAGUUUCCUCGUGACUCCCAUCGUUAUAGUUAAGAUGACCAGUAAUUCAGACAACGAAUAUCUGAAUAAAUUUCGCAACACAUACUUAGGAGGACUUGAACAAAGUCAUAUUAAUCAUAUUGCUCUUAGGCUGAAAGAGAAUGAUUUAAUUAACGAUCAUGACUGGGUGGAAAAAACACAAGAAAGUUAUAUUAAUCCUUUUGCUCUUUGGCUGGAAGAGAAUGAUUUAAUUAACGAUGACUGGGUGGAAAAAACAAAAAAAAAACAAAAAUAUGACAGUUUCUUUUGGAAAAUAUUGUGUCUCUUAAAUAACCAAAAGACUGCUAAAUCAACUUUUGAUAUUAUAGUGUGUUCUUUGCAUGACUUUAACCUACCUGAAGCUAACAAUUUAGAAUUUGCUGAGAGCACAUGCAACAAUAAUAUGAAGAGUCUUGACCCUAAACAGAACAUUGUUGCUAAAAUUGAGUCAGGCAGGACCAAGAAACUGUUUUCAGAGCCAAGUAAUUCUGACAAAGAGCAAAUUGACAAAAUCAAGGCAGAGCUUUUCUUUUUGAAAGCGACAGAGUCGAUAUUUUGUGAUAGGAUUACCAAAUGAUAUAAACGAAAAACAGAAGUAUGGAAAAAAUUGUGAUAAAAUGUGUUUUUCUGUCACAGUUAUUAAAUCUUUUUUAAUGUU